AUGAAUCUGGCAGUUGAUGAUGGUGACUUUGAAGUGUUGAAUCAAGUAGUUGAGAUAGAAAGUGAUGGGUAUAAGUACAAACCCAAGAUGCCAUUGUGGGGUGAUGACAUGGAUAGUGGAUGGAAAAGUAAACUAGAUCUAGAUAAUGAAGAGCAAAUUAGCACACGCUUAAUGAUAAAAAAACUGGGACUAAUUUGGAAUAAGAAUAAUACUUUUGAAAAGAAGAAGCGUGGACCCUAUAUGGUUGAAAAAGUGUCAAAGUCAACAUAUUUUGAGAAAUAUGGACCAAGUGGAAUAUUUAUAAAAGCUACUAUUGGUAUAGCAAAAAUAACAAACUAUUUCAUACCCCAAUCUAGUAUAUCUUCACAAUUUGAGACUGUAAACCUGCAACUCACUAAUAAUUCAAGCGAAUCUGAAACUGAAAAUUGA